CGACGAAGCAGUUGUAAACGUCAACUUAGCACUGACUUGUGUGAAAGAGAAGCAAAGUUGACAGCAUUAAUCAGGAACUGAGCCAAAAUUAACGCAAAAAUGGAUCGACUAAUCGAACAACUACAGCUGGCAAUCGCAGCUCAGGCGCAAGUUCAGAAUGUGCAACCACAUCCUCAUGAGGCAACCGCGUUGCAACUGUACGCGGCAGCAGCGGUCGUCAACAUGCGAGUGCCCGGCUGGUCGGCCUUACUCGGCCUGUCGUCCCUGGAUGCCCCAAAUGCCGCGGAAGAUGGAAUGGAAGAUGGCCCCAGCUCCGCAACCUCCAUCUAUAUGCUCCGCCAGAUGGCGCUGAUGCAGCAAGCAAACGCAGCAGCCGCAGCAGUAGCAAUCCAGCAGCAAAGGGAUCUCCAUCGGGAACUGGACAGGGAUCCGGCUGGGCAGCCCAGUGAAGUGGAAUCACUGCCGUCCAUUGAACGUCCUGAGAGGAAGCUAGCAGGCCAGCAUCCGCAGAACAUCCGCGCGGAUCCGCAAUGCGAUAAGAAGGCCAAGUCCAAUCUGGAGCAGGAUGAGGAUGCGGAGUCCUCGAAGCGGAAGCGCUGCAGGACCAACUUCAAUUCCUGGCAACUGGAGGAGCUGGAGAAAGCCUUUCAGGGAAGUCACUAUCCUGACAUGUUCAUGCGCGAGUCCUUGGCCACGAAACUCGAUCUGAAGGAGGGUCGCAUAGCGGUCUGGUUCCAGAAUCGUCGUGCCAAGUGGCGCAAACAGGAUCAUACCAAGAAAGGUCCUGGCAGACCGGCGCACACUUCCCAGCCCCAGAGCUGCAGUGGUGCCCCCAUUCCGCCGAGUGAGUUGCGAGCCAGGGAACGAGCUCAGCGCAGCAAGCGGAUGAAGAAGGCCAUCGAUCGGCAGGCGAGGAAGCUGCGGCUCAAGGGAAUCCAGGUGAACUAUGCCCGCCUGAAGGCCGAUUACCUAGCUACCCACCAGGAGCACUGGGCGGAGGAGGAGCACGAUGAGGAGGAUGAGGUGGAUGACGAUCCGCCCAUCGAUGUGGUGGCGGUGUGCGGUGGGCAGGAGGACAAUACUGGCGACAGUCAGGACAACUCCUUCUGCUCCUCCAGGACGUACCAGAAGAGCACCAGCAGCGAACUGGAUGCCGACGACAUGGGCGUUCAGAUAAAACUGGAGCCACCAUCACCACCACAACAGAAUAAGACCGUCUACAGCUCGCCCUUCAGCAUCGAAUCCAUAUUGGGAUCUUAGUGAAUAUCGGGUGUUGCACUAUGAUUCCAUAAGUCUACUAUGAUUUCGGUGGUUAGCUAGGAACUAUAGCGAAAAUAAACUGUAAACCCAAAGCAA